GCAAAAGUUGGCUUAAUGCCAUCAUAACCCCCAGUAGGAUAUACUUAGGUACUCGGGAACUUAACAGAUGGGUAUCCUCUGAUCUUUUUAUCUCUCUCUCAGGGAUUCAGGAUGGGUAACCAGCAGGGUAAGGGAACUAAGCGUGGAUCAGUCCAAUAUCCUUUUGCAGAACCAGAGAAGAAGUCCCGGACAGACUGGACAGCGGUACCCAUCCCACCACCUAGAGUUUCCAGCAGGAACCCGGAUACUACCCAACCCUACCUAAACCUUCUAACAACUCCCCCUACCACCAGAGCAACCUACCUACCCUUCAUUACCCUUAACGGUGUACCCCUUGCCCCUGGUAAGCCUAUGAUCCAGUUGUCCAGUAGAACUGGUCCGCAAGAUGAAAACAGUGUCACAGAUGAAAUUAACCUGACGUGGGCUGUCCCAAAGGAUGAUGGUGGCUUCCCAAUCACUGGAUACAGAAUAGAAAUGCUGGACAUUCAAACCAACCAUUGGAUUGAGAUCACAUUCAUUGAGGGGUUCGAGCCAAGAUGUACACUUUCCAACAUUCUCUAUGGGAUAAUGUACAGAUUCAGAGCUAUAGCCUACAAUGAUGCUGGACCAAGCGAACCUGGAGAUCCCAGUGAUCCUGUUGUGAUAGAUGUUCCUGGAGUUCAGAUUGCGCCCUACUUUGUUCUCAUGCUCAAUGAUACAAUUGCUCUGGAGCAUGAGCGUGUGGAGUUUAAAGUUAAAGUUCUAGGAACUCCUAAACCGUCGAUUCAAUGGUUUAAAGAUGAUAUGGAGGUUUUUAGCAGUGACAGACUUGAUAUUCGAGAGGAAGAAGAUGGAGGCUCUGUUGUAGUCAAGGAGGUUCGAUUGUCAGACUCUGGAAACAUAAAAUGUGUUGCCACUAAUAUCCUAGGAAGAGCUACAAGUGUUGGGCAAUUGAUUAUUGAAGCUUCUCCCCGUCUUGAGGUUCCAGAGGUUUACAAUGAGGGUCUUAUUUUCCGAUUCGAUGAAGUUAUCCGUCUGAAAAUUCCUCUGAUUGCCAAACCAGCUCCUAGAAUAACUUGGUUUUUUGAUGAUGAGCCCAUCUGUGACAGUGAAGAUGUAACAAUUGAAACUUCUGAAACUUUGACAAGUUUAAAAAUAGGAGCAGCUAAACGUUGGCAUUGUGGAGAAUUCAGGGUUCUGGCGCAGAAUGAGAACGGAGAGGAUUCAGCGUCUAUUCUUGUAACAGUUACUGCUCCCCCGUCUCCUGCAGGAAAACCAGUUGUUAUUGAUAUUACAGGAACAACCUGUAUACUCAGAUGGGAGGCUUCCCAAGAUGAUGGAGGUGCUGACAUUAAGCAUUAUAUUGUUGAGUACUUCAGAGAUGUAUGGGAUGUGUGGCUAAAAGCAAAAACAACAAAGGAAUGUCAGGUCUCUAUUGAAGAUCUUAUUCCUGGAUCCAGGUACAAGUUCCGUAUAAAAGCUGAGAAUGCUUACGGAACAUCAGAAGAGAGCGAAGAAUCAGACCCAUUUGAUGUAGGAGGUGUUCAGGAAACACGGAUGCUGUCACCGCCUUCUAUUCAUGUAUCUGUGGAUUCGAUACCUGCCUCACCUAGACCUAAAACUUGGAAGGAAAUGACUGGAACAUCUUUGGAUGAAGAAGCAUGGUCUCCGGAACGACCAGUUCCUCCUGAACCUUGGGCUAAAGACAUUGAGGCUUCAGCAGAAGGAUGGCCUAAAAUCCCUAAACUUUCAGUCACAAAAGAGAACUGGGCAUCAACUGAGUCCAAUGAAGAAGCUAUCAGAGAUGGAAAUGCAAUGCUAAAAGAUCUUCUCAUGGUUAAAAAGCUAUCCUUCAGAGUGUCCAGUAUUGAAAGUGAUGGAUUGCCAUCCAUGGCGAGCAUUGAUGGUGAUGAUUUAUCAUUGUCUGAAAGUAGUGAUUUGAAAAAAGCUAGGAAGCUGUAUGCUGAUCUUCAAGCAAUGUCUAUGGAGUCAACAGGAUCUACUGAGGAAAUGCCAGACUUGGAUGCAGCAGCUAGGGAUUUUUACAAUGAAAUCAGAGCUUUGUCAAUGGAUACAGGGGGCAGCAUUGAAAACAUUCUUGACAAUAUUGGAGCCAGCUCGGAAAGUCUUGCAUCACUUAUUCCAUAUGAUAAAAGGGAGCAACUUGCUAACUUUGAAAUGAACCUAAAGCAGAUGAUUGAGGAAGCUAAACAGUUGGCAGCAUCUCCAAGAAUAAGCAUGGAGAGUUUAAACAUGGGAAAUAGAUCUCCUUUUCCAGAUUCAGAGAGAAGGUCAAGAAAAUCUUUAUCAGUUGCUUCACAACCAGAUUCUGUGGUGUCUGUUAUUGAGGCUCGGGGUUUAUCAAUAGACCAAGAGCAAUCAUUACAUUCAAGAUCCCUUAUUCUAGAUGAAGAGGAACCAAGACCAAUGUCUUUGAGAGGAAGGCCCACAGAAAGAUCAGCUAAAAGAAAUAUGACGCCCCAAAAACCACCUUCCCCACCCCUGCAAUUCCGGGAGGAGAUCCCUCCUCUUCAGAAACAGGAAUCAAUUGAAGAACAAGAGCAAGAGGCUCCUCCUCUUGAAGAAUUAGAGCCUCCUCCAGCACCAGCACCAAGACAAACAUCAACCCCAAGAUCUACAGCUCCAGGAAGAAGAGGAGCUGUAAUUAAUCGAGAACCAAGUGUUGGAACAGACAGAUAUGAGGAAAUAAUUGUUGAAACUCGGAAAAGAAGUAUGUCUCGAGGCCCAAGUUCCAGAAUGGGAUCAAGAACAAGCAGUCAAAUGGACUUCAGAACCAGUCAGGACUUUAGUUCAAGCAUAGGUAAACUGGAUCUGGACAUUAUUAGAAAUAGCACUAAAAACAUCACAGCUCUUGACCUAGACACUAGAUUUGCAGAGAAAACUGGAAUUGUAGAAAUUAGAAAGUGCUCUACACCGGAAGUAGCUCCAAAAAUGCCAACACCUGAAGUAGUUAGAAAAGUGACAACCCCUGAAGUAUCUAGAAAGAUGCCAACACCAGAAAUGUCAAGAAAAAUAUUCUCCCAACCUCCUGCUAAGAUGGCAUUUGAUGCCAAUCAAAACGCAACCGCCCCUACCCUACCUCGUGCCCCUAGCAAACCUAAAGUUCCCCCAAAACCUGACACUUUGGUCGAACUUUUUCCAAAGAACAUUCCACACUGGUUCGUGAUCACCUACACCUACUCAGUAGUCCUAAUUCUGAUCCUGCUGAUAGCCAACUCGACCCCUGAUGGCAAGCUUUAUAUUCACUUUACAGCGUUCUGGAGUUUAGUCUUGUACUUCCUUCUAGAGGAUGAUCAGGCCAGUGAUCUAUUAGACAGUGUAGUGGAAGGAUUCCUCAAGAAAUAGAAUUAGUUUUUUCCAAACCAAACAUAGUUAUUUCUUAAACCCGCAAGAUUGUGUACUGUUUGAAAAUUGGUUUAGAUUAUAAUUGCGCAUUUCUACAGUUUGCUACAGAUGUUAAACCUUCAAAAUUUUGGAACUGUCUAAAAUUAGAUGAUUCAAUGAUUAUAUUUUCAAACCCCUUACAAAACAAUUUUUGAAAUUUCUCUAAUCUAUUUUAACCUUUAUAUUGUAUUCUGAAUAUUCUAAAUAAAGUUUAUGCUUGUUAA